AUGGCCAUCGGCGUAGCAAUUCUCGGUGCCGGUCUCUUUGGCAAAGACCAAUACUUCCCUGCAGUCAAAACCAACUCACGCUACACUCUCAAAGCAGUCUACUCUCGUUCUCAACAAUCCGCUACCAAAUUCGGCGAAGAGGCCUCUGUAGAUGCCUAUUUCGACAGCCCAGAAACGGCCGAUAAAUCGCUCAGCAAGCUUCUAGAGCGUUCCGACAUUGACGCUGUCUUUAUCGCUCUCCCUAUCACCGCGCAGCCAGAUAUCAUUCGCGCCGCAUGGAAAGCAGGCAAACACGUUCUCAGUGAGAAGCCGGUUGCAAAAGAUUCUACAGUCGCAAAACAGCUUAUCGCCGAUUACGAGCCAUACAAGGCAAAGGGUCUGAUAUGGGGUGUUGCUGAGAAUUUCCGAUUUCUUGGCCCUAUUGCCUACGGCACGGAACAGCUUAAGCGUUUGGGUGGUGAGGUGACAGGAUUUUACGUGUCCGUUCACGAUAUGAUUAAGGAUGGAAAUCCAUAUUAUGGCACAGAGUGGCGAAAGAACCCUGACUACCAAGGAGGAUUUAUUUUCGAUGCUGGUGUGCACUUUGUCGCUGGUCUCAGAGAGUUUUUAUCCGCAUUGAACGACUCUAUCGAAAAGGCAGUCUCAUUUAGUGCACAGAUGCAACCUCACCUUCCUCCAGUGGACACAGUCAACGGCGCCUAUCUCUUGAAGAGCGGCCGAAGCGGUACCAUCAGCCUCUCUUUCGGUACAGAAUUCAAGAGCGAUUUCUUGAUUGAGGUAACUUCAACCAAUGGUUCGGUCGCAAUGACUUCAGCUGGAGUAAAAGUCGUUGAGAAGAAUGGAUCGGAUGGUGAUCGCAAGGAAGCUUUGAAGGAGUUCCCAUCCAGCACUGGUGUUGGGCUUGAGGUUGAGGCUUUUGGAAGGGCUAUUGAAAGCAAGACUCCUGAUGCGAGACAAUCAGCGGAAGAAGCUUUGUUGGAUUUGGUACUUGUUGAAAAGCUGUUGAACUCUGGUGAACAAGGAGGUGCUGUUUUAACUAUCUGA